AUGGCGGAACAAUUGAGAUACUUCGUCGUGAAAGGAAAGUUAACCAAUGCUUUCCUGGUAGUACAGAAUAAAACCAGUAGAGUGGUCUACCUGUCAUUAGGACGCGAUGAGGAGUUACAAUAUAGACAGGCCAGAGUUGACUUUGAUAAGUUGAGUGCCAAAACUAAGGUCGAGUAUGAAUUAAAUGAGAGAGAACAAGACAAUAAGGAUUUGGAAGCUGUUGCUGAAAAUGUUAGAAAACUGAUGGAUGAUUCUGCUCCUAUAAUGGUGGAUUACGAAUACAUCUUUGGGACUGAGUUUCAGAAGAGAGUCUGGUCAGAGCUAGAGAAAGUCCCCAGUGGACAAACUGUCACUUACACUACGAUUGCAAAAAAUUUAGGCUCACCAAAUGCCACUAGAGCCGUUGGUAACGCUAUUGGUCAAAACAAACUGGCGUUGAUAGUACCUUGUCAUAGAUGUUUACCUGCAAGUGGGUCUACAGGUGGUUUUAGAUGGGGGCCUGUAUUGAAAAGGAAGCUUGUGCGCCAGGAGAGAUUUUUGAAAAUUCGCUGA